AUGGCAGGGACAGGCGCUGUCCCUACUGCGAAGCCCCCAUCGGUGCUGUCGUCGCCGUCGCCAACAAAGAUGCCGCCUCCGAGACCACCGCCACCACAACCACCAGCAAUCGCAAGGACAUUGCAGGGUCGGCUAGUGCGCUGGAUGACAUAUCCCAACCCUAGUGGUGGGUUGUGGAUGCUAAAUACGAUAGACGGCACAAGCUACCGCCUCCCGGCACAGCCGGUCGACUCCGCCACGGGCGUGCUGAUUGCGGCGGGCGCCUCGGUGACGCUGACUUGCUACGCGUCGAGCACGCAAAGGAACGUGUGUCUGAGUAUCGCCAACGCAAGGGCUCCUUUCGUUGCCGCAUCAACGCAAUCGACGGCAAAUGCCGCGCUGCGAGUGCUCGUGAUGGUGGUCAGCAUAAGUACGUCAUCUCUGUCCUGCCCCGCUCGACCGGCGGGAACUACUGUGCAAGAUGUGCAGAACGCCUUUUUAGCGCCCAACGGCUCCGCGGAAUUUUUCAGGAACUGCAGCUAUGGCCAAAUGGUGCUUGAUCGGCAGGCGUUGAAGGUCGUCUCUACCGUAGUGCCCUGUUCGGCGUCAUUUUUGAGUUGUGACGAGGACGCGAUCGCGAAUGCAACGUUGUCCAACUUGCCUGCAGGUAUACAGCCUGAGAUGUUUACACACUUUGUGCACGUGAUGCCGAAAGACUUCCUCUCCAUAUGUGGCUACUUUGUUCGAGCUGAAUUGCUGGGAAGCAGGAGCUGGCUAACCGCAGACUUGCCGAACCAGGGUAUUCAUUUUUCAGCUUCUCGGCAUGAUGCUAAAAAGUACACCCCAAGUGGAUUGAUCCUUGCGGAAGGAAAGGGUAUAUUCGACAAGGGAUCAGUGAUGCAGGGAUUGCUGAUCAAUUAUGGACUUUAUCCUGCAUAUAGUGGCGGCGAGCUCUUCAACGAUAGUUCAACUGCCAUGGGCGACGGCCGCAGCUGCCCCUCUGCCCCAGAGCUGUCCAGUUUGGGCUGGGCAACUCCGCUAGCACAGCUCAACUCCUCAAAUUUCCGAGAGAAGGUUUAUCAGCCCUAUACGCUGCGAGCCACGUACCUGGGACCUGCGAAGGUUAUGAUCAAGAUUCAACCGGACUGGCUCAAGUCAUACACCAAGAACUUAUACCUCGCAUUGAGAGUCAAGGCCGCAGGCGACCUCGACCUCAAUGACCAAUUCAGCGGAAAGCUCAACAUCCACGAAGUCAACAAGAACAUCGACAACUUGCCAGUAGCCACCUCCGAUAACCCAGAGCGGAGUUUCCUCCAAGUAGUCGGCCCACGCAGUUUCGCGAUACUGAGCGAGUACAACAUGAUCAUCCUGGUAGGAGAUCUGGUAGACUCUGGCACUGCCAUAUUCCUCAAGAUCUGUCGCUUCACGUUUGGCUCCUACGAGUGUGUGGACAGCCCACCGUGA